ACAGCAUCCAGACAUUCGGUUGCUUCCUCUCGUCUCCACAUUCAGUAUGAGGUUCGUGAUGAUAUCGGCGUUUUCUUUUCUGUUGGUGACCCUCCAGUUGUUGCAGCCAUCUUCAUCAAACUCAUGUAAAGAGGGUAAAGCCGACAUCAUGUUUGUUUUAGAUGAAUCGAGUAGUGUUGGCCAAAAACACUUUGGAACUAUGAAAUCCUUCGUUGAAAAUGUUGCCACCAAUCUUCCCGUCGGGUCAGAUUCCGUUCACGUAGGCCUGCUGAAAUAUGGCUUUGGAGUGUAUGAAGAAUUUGAUUUAAAUACGUACCAGGAUCCAAGUUCAUUGAAGAACGCAAUAGAGGAAGUUGGUUACGAGGGUGGCAUGACAAAUACACAUAAAGCAUUAGAUUAUCUUCGUACGAAUUCGUUUACAGCAGCUAAAGGGGAUAGAGAAGAUGCUCCAAACAUUGCAAUCUUAAUAACAGACGGAAAAUCAUUUGAUAAAGAGAAAACAAAGGAAACUGCAGAACGUUUAAAGGCUGCCGGUGUUACUGUAUUUUCUAUAGGAGUAGAGAAUGCUGUUCAAGAAGAGCUAGAAGAUAUUGCUAGUAAACCAAGUUCGGAAUACGUAUUUUAUGCAGAAAACUUUAGUGGCCUUGAUGAAAUUAAAGAGCACAUAUCAGCAGAUAUUUGUAACAAGGUUAACCCAUGUGAAAACGUAACUUGCGAAAACUUUGGAAAAUGUAUCGUAAAUAAUACGGACUAUUAUUGCCUGUGCCCCGAAGGAUUUGAAGGACAAAAUUGUUCUAUUGAUACAAACCCCUGCAAACCCGAACCUUGUGAGAAUGGUGGCAGAUGUUUCAGGAGAGGCACCGAAUUUGUUUGCGUUUGUCCAACUGGAUUUGAAGGGAAAAAUUGUUUAGAUGAAAUUGAUCCCUGCAAAGAUAAUCCUUGUGAAAACGGUGGAGUAUGUUACAAGGACAAAUCGAACUUUAUCUGUCGGUGCCCGAACGGAUUUGAAGGCAAAACAUGUAACCAUCAAAUUAGCCCCUGCAACAGUAGUCCAUGUGAAAAUUCUGGAAUAUGUUUCAGCAACGGACCAGACUAUAUUUGCCAUUGUCCACCUGGAUACGAAGGCAAAGACUGUUCAGAAGAAAAAAAUCCAUGCCAAAGCAACCCAUGUAAAAACGGAGGAAACUGUUCACAUGAUCACAACACAUACAACUGCACAUGUCAGGAGGGAUUUGAAGGUCCUGAUUGUUCAAAAGUUGAUCCAUGUGCUAGCAGUCCUUGCAAAAACGGUGGAACGUGCUUCAAAAAUGGUGACAACUACCUUUGCGCAUGCACAGAGGAUUAUGAAGGAGAAAACUGCACUUCAGUGGCUGAUAAAUGCCGAAGCAGUCCGUGUCUAAAUGGAGGCACAUGCGUAAGUGGAUAUAAAAAUUUUACUUGCAUCUGUAAAAAUGGUUUCAAAGGUGAAAACUGUUCAUUUGAGUGUGAAAACAUGGACUUAAUGUUUGUAUUAGAUGAAUCCGGCAGUGUCAAAAAAGAAAACUUUAAUUUGAUGAAACGGUUUGUGAAAAAUAUGACAUCAUCGUACGCAAUUAGCGAUGACGGAGUUCACGUCGGUGCAAUUACAUUUGCUAAAUAUGUCCAUAAUGAGUUUGAUUUAGACAAAUACAGCGAUAUAAAUGGUGUAAAUAAAGGAAUUGACGAAAUUUCUUACGGUGCUGGUUCAGCAACCAAUACGCACAAAGCUUUAAAAUACUUGAGGACAGAUUCUUUCACAGAAAAGUCCGGUGACAGAAAACAUGCUCCGAACGUGGUUGUUCUCAUCAGUGAUGGUAAAUCGUCCGAUAGUAAGGAAGCAAUAAAAGAAGCGGAGAGGUUAAAGAGUAUGGGAGUUGAAGUCUAUACUAUUGGUGUCGGCAAUGCUGAUGAAGAUGAACUCAAGAAGAUCGCCAGCAGCCCGAGUUCGAGCCAUCAUUUCUCUGUAAAAUCGUUUGAAGAUUUAGACAAUCUCAAAAAUAUAUUAGAACAAGAGACAUGUAAAGAGCGCGAUUUUUGUCUAAGCAGUCCUUGCAAAAACGGAGGAACGUGUUCCAGCAAUAGCACCAGUUUCACGUGCUCUUGUACCGAACAGUAUGAAGGAAAUGAUUGCUCCAUAGAUAAAUAUUCCCUAGAAGCAUGUGGAAAAGCCGAUAUAGCAUUUGCUUUAGAUUAUUCUAAAAGUGUCGGUUCAAAACAUUUCAACACUGCUAAAUCUUUCGUGAAGGAUAUCACAACGUCUUUCAAUAUCGGUCCUGACGGCGUUCGUACCGGAGCCAUAUCUUUCGGCAAAUCCGUUUCUCAGAACUUUAAAUUAAAUACGUAUAGUACUUUAGAUGAAGUUCAAACAGCAGUUGAUAAAAUUAGCUAUCGCGGAUCGUACCCGACAUAUACAUACAAAGCCUUGAGCUCCCUAAGACAAUCGAUGUUUAGCACAAAAUACGGCAAUAGACCAGGGGUUCCCGACAUUGCUAUAAUAAUGACAGACGGAAUUAUAAGGGAGAAAUCCAAAGCAUUUGUAGAAGCCGAGCGACUACGGAAUGCGGGCGUCACCGUUUAUACGAUUGGCGUGGGAGAUGUUGAACGGGAUGAACUUGAGGAAAUCGCCAGUCGUCCAAGUUCCGAUCACACAUUUAUGGUGAAAGAUUUCGAUCAUCUAAACGAUAUCAAGAAAUCAAUGCUUGAAAGAAUAUGUGAAACCAUCAAAUCUCAGACUGGUUGAUGAUAACUAAAGAAUAAUAUAUACACGCACACUCACAUACAUACAUACAUACAUGCAUACAUACACAUACAUACAUACAUACAUCAUACAUACAUACAUACAUACAUAC